GCAACAAUUUAUCUUCCGGUUCAGGGUUCGGGCAGCAUGAUGGCGGUGCGUGGCGAGAACGUGUCUCAGAACUCCGAAGACGAACUCCAACACAGCGAUUCAGAAGCUGAAAGUGCAGAUGGAGAAUCAGGCGAAGCGGAAAACACGGACAGCCAUGAUGGUAACGAAGCGGAGAGGGAAGAGGAUGAAGAAAAUGACGCCGUCGGUGGCUGGGCAGACGCCAUGGCCAAGAUCCUCGGGAAGAAAACCUCAGAGAACAAGAGUGGCAUCCUAGUUAAAAAGAAAGAUGCAGCGGAGAAAGCAGAGCAUCUGGAGAAGAAGAAACAAAUAGACAAGAAGCGAAUGUGGGAGAUGAUGUUUCGGGAAAAGCCUGACAUAGUGCGGGACCGUGAGACGGAGAGAGCGCUGCAGAAGACCGCCACCAGAGGGGUGGUCCAGCUUUUCAACGCUGUGAGGAAACAUCAGAAAAACACAAAUGAAGCUCUGAAAGAGGUCGGUGGGUCCGAAAGAAAGAAGGCCAAGAUUAUAUCUUCUAUUUCAAAGAAAGACUUCAUCGGUGUCCUCAGGAGAACAGAGGAAGAAGACGGAGUUCCAGUCAAGACGGAGAAUCUUCCUCCUCCUCCCGCAGAGGAGGAGAAACCCGCCUGGAGUGUCCUUAGGGAGGAUUUCAUGAUGGAAGCCAACAUGAAAGACUGGGACAAAAACAGUGACACUGAAGAGGCAAUUCGGGACUGACGUAGUCCCAGUCUGCUCCUUUAUAACAACUGUUUUGAUGCUCCGAGAGACUGAACCGCAGGAGACGAUCUUUGUUUUCUUUCGCUUGCAUAAAUGUUCAUAGAUCAUAUUUUUGAAAUGCUCCACUUCAACAUAAAUUUGUAGUUUCAGAUAUCUUUGUUUUGUUUUUCUAAACGCUGCUGCUGAAAAGAUUUUUCCGAUGGAAAGAAGCAUAUACUUUCAAAGUGUGUUUAGAGUCUAUUUCCAGUUCUUAAAAA